AUGACAGACCUAAGUGAUGUCCGGUAGGCUCGGAUGCCAAAAACUGUAUGACGGACCUAAGUGAUGUCCGGGACUUGAUUUUCACCCUUUUAUAAGUACUUAUUCUUUCUCUUGCCUGACUUGUUAUUUAACUUAUAUGAAUAUGACAAAUAGUGUAUGAUUAUGACCUAUAAUAUUUUAUAACUUUAUAUGAAUUAGUUAUCUUGAUAGAAUAGUGUUAUUAUGAAAUCUUGUAUGAAUUUAUGAUGAUAUGCAUUGUAUAAUAUGUAUGAUUAUAUGAUUGCUCUGUAUGCAUUUUCCUUACUGGGCUUAGAGGCUCACUCCUUAUAAUAUAAUUGUAGAGAUCAAGAAAAUUAAGGGUAGAAUGGUCGAUGGCGAGUGAGACUUGAAUAGCUGUGGUGGUGUAUUCGUGAAGACCAUGUAGCUGUUAGAAAUAUCUAGGGCCUAUAAUUUUGUCUAUGAUGCAUUUUUCUUUAAGCAUUUUAUUUUCUUUAUUUGAAUGUUGCUAUAUUUAAUUUUGUUAAAAACCAUAUUUUUUAUUUUAAAACUAGGAUCCCUCUGCUUUAUAUUAUUUUUAAGUAAAAGAGCAACAUUUAUAUUUUAUGAUCCAACGUUGUUUCUCGGCAUUAUUAUUAUAAGAAGUUAGGGCGUUACAAGAUAUCAUAUGGAUGAAUCCAUUCAUGAUAGUAUUCCUAAGUCUGAAAAUGCAUAGGAUUUUAUUGCCGCCAUUAAGGAAAAGUACAAGAAAUUCUCAAAGAAUGAGAAGAAUGAGCACUUCAACAUGCUCCAUCACACCAUUUAUGAUGGUUUAAGUGACAUCAGGGCUCACAUUGACAAGCUCACGGGCUAUUAUCAUAAAUUUAAGGUCAUGUGUAUGGACCUUGGUGAGGAUUACAUGGUAAGGUUGGUGAUGGAGACUAUUCUAUCUCAUUUCGAUGCGAUCAGAUCAGGCUACAAUGCUUAGAAAGAGCAAUGGACUGUUGGGGAGAUGUCUGCUAGUCUUGCCAAGGAAGAGGAGGGCAUGAGAAAAGGAAGGGCAAGAAGCAUCUCCAUGGUGACAAAUCCUAACAAUCCAAACAAUCCUCACAAGAGAAAGUUCACUCCCAAUAACUCUAGUGAUCAAAAUCCUCCUAAGAAGAAAGCAUUUAGUCCUAAAAGGAAUGGACAUUCAGGCUCAUCCUCUACUAGUCAUAAGAAUGAGCUUUUCAAAGGGAAGUGUAACUUUUGCCAGAUCUUUGGGCACAAGAAAGUUGAUUGUCGAAAGCUCAAAGCUCACAUAGAGAAGAAAGUGACAAGUUGAAGAAGACCGAGUAGUCUAGAGCAACAUGUGUACAUGGGAGAUGAUACAAAAGUCCAAGUUGAAUUUUCGGGGACAACCACAUUACAGUUGAAUACAUGAAACUUUUUUGAGUUACAUGAUGUUGCUUACAUACCCUCUAUUAGGAGGAAUUUAAUUUUUGUAACUAUUUUGGAUAGAAUAGGCUAUAGUCUUCAUUUUAGAACUGGAAAACUUACUUUGUAUCGUGACUCUCUUUUGGUUGGAAACAGAACUUUAUGUGGAAAUUUAUAUAAACUUGUGUUUGCAUGA